AAUGCCUGGUAUAAAUUGUGGUGCCGGUCAGCAGUGAAACUCAGUUCUAAUUAGACUAUCAGCUCGCAAGUGCUACAACCUACCCCAACCUAUUCAUCAUGGCUUGCCUUGAAAUCUGCCUGGCCCUCUUGGGCUUUGCUCUGCUCAUCUACAAGUGGUCCAUUGGCACCUUCAAGACCUUUGAGACCCGCAACCUGCCCUACGAAAAGCCCUGGCCAUUCUUCGGCAAUGUGGCCGCCUCGGCUCUCCAAAGAAUCUCAUCACAAAAGCAGCUCACCGAAUUCUACCUGCGCACGCGUCAUCACAAAGUGGUGGGCUUCUUCAAUCUCCGAAAACCGAUGGUGCAGAUAAACGAUCCCGAGCUGAUCAAGAAGAUCUGUGUCAAGGACUUUGACUACUUCCCCAACCACCAACUCAUGAUCACCACCAAUGAACGUUUGCUCAACGACAUGAUCAAUGUGAUGAAGGAUCAGCGAUGGAAGCGCAUGAGGAACACCCUUUCUCCAGUCUUCACAUCAGCCAAGAUGCGCAAUAUGUUCACCCUGAUGAACGACAGUUUCGCGGAAUGCAUGCAGCACCUGAACAAACUAUCCGACAAUCCCUCCUCCGGCAAAGGCUUCGAGGUGGACAUGAAGAUACUGUUCAACAAGCUCUCCAGCGAUGUAAUCGCCACCACCGCCUUUGGUCUGAAGGUGAACUCAUUCGAGAACCCUGAAAACGAGUUCUAUUCGGUGGGUCAGUCGCUGAUCUUCUCCACAGCAGCGCAGUUCUUCAGGUUUACGCUUUCUGCUUUGAUGCCCAAAGUUUUCACAUUCUUCAAUAUGGAAGUUUUUGAUGGCAAGAAAGUGGAUUACUUUGUGAGCCUGGUGCUGGAGGCCAUGAAGUUGCGCGAGCAACAGGGCAUCACCCGUCCCGAUAUGAUCCAAUUGAUGAUCGAGGCCAAGAAGGAGGCCCAGGAUAAUUGGACGGAUGACGAGAUUGUGGCCCAGUGUUUCGUCUUCUUCUUCGCCGCCUUCGACAACAAUUCUAACCUGAUUAGCAUUGCGACCUACGAGCUGCUAAAGAAUCCCGAAAUCCAGGAACGUUUGCACCAGGAGGUCAGGGAAACGCAGGAGUCUCUGAAUGGUGGUUCGCUAACCUACGAUAUUGUACAAAAGAUGACCUACAUGGACAUGGUUAUUUCGGAGACUCUCAGGAAGUGGACUCUUUCUCCCUCCAUAGAUCGUGUUUGCUCGAAGCCUUACACCCUCACAGAUGGGGACGGCAACAAGCUGUUUGACUUCAGAAAGGGGGAUUUGGUUACCAUUCCCAUAGCUGGUGUUCACGGGGACGAUCGUUACUUCCCCGAACCCAGAAAAUUUGACCCAGAGCGUUUUAGCGAGGAACGAAAGAGUGAAAUACUACCAUUUACCUAUAUGCCCUUUGGGGCUGGACCUCGCAGCUGCCUAGGUGACCGUUAUGCCCACAUGCUGGCAAAGGGCAUGCUAUAUCACCUGAUACUUAACUUUAAGAUAGAGGCUUCUCCCGGGACCAUCAAGGAUUUGUGGGAGGAGGCUCGCAGCUUCAGCCUGACACCAAGAUCUGGAUUCUAUAUGCAAUUGGUGCCACGCCAAUAGAUGAUAAUGUAACCCAUAAGACUGGAUGU